CUUGUCGCCAUCGGUCGCAACAGUGACGACACUGAAAGCCCUACUCAAUAAGAAGUGCAAGAUGACAGAUCUCGGUCCCGUCCAGUGCUUUCUCGGAAUAGACAUCGAACCCGACCGUCAGAACUGCAUCCUCCACAUUCACAAGCAACGGGCCGUUCAUCAAUUCCUUGCUGAGUACGGGCUCUCCGAUCGCAACGGCCAUUGGAUCUCCCAAACAACUGGAAGUCGGCUUCGCAAACUCGACCCAACGAACAACCCCGACCCAACGGCAGCACUGAAUGCGGACCAGCAACGCAGAUACCAAUCGAUGGUCGGUAGUCUCAUGUGGCUAAUGCUUGCGACACGUCCUGAUCUCGCAUCCACGGUAUCGACGAGGCUCCGGUACCUUCGCAACACCUCCGACCUCGCCAUCUAAUACAACGCUCCGAAAACAGAGAGACCACGGAAGGAAAUCUUCGGCGCUGGUCAGCAUGUUGGGAUACGUAGGUUGUUGACUGUGUUGACUAUGUGACGCGACAAAACUGGCGUACAGCACUUGCGAUAGUGGAGAUGAAACUGGAGUAAACGGCGUGGGUCAGAGGAGGAACAGAUGGACGGAUCUGAGAGGUAACCGGAUGGACUGGUCGGAGAAGUAAACGGAUAGACGGAUCGGAGAAAUAAACGCAUGGACGGGUCGGAAAAAUAAACGGAUGGACAGGUCGGAGCAACAAGCGGAUGGGCGGGUUUGAGGAGGACACGGUCUGGUGAGAGUGGUAGUCAGAAGGAACUGAGAUGUCAUCUUUGGGUUCGGGGUAGGGGAC